CUCCCUCCGCUGCCUUCCUGUGCCAACAACCCCCCAAAAGUUGUGAUGCUUUUCUUUACCCAGUGCUUUGGGGCUGUGUUGGAUCUCAUUCACCUCCGGUUUCAGCACUACAAGGCUAAACGCGUUUUCUCUGCUGCUGGGCAACUUGUCUGUGUGGUUAACCCCACACACAACCUAAAGUAUGUGUCCGGUAGACGGGCCAUCACUCAGAACUCCACAGAGCAAGGCAGCUUCCACCCGCUCCAUCUUCCCCACCACCAUCACCACCACCGUCACCACAGCCACCUGUGCCACCAUGCCCGUCCGCGCCACCUCCACCACCAGGAGGCAGGGAUGCACAGCGCUCAGGUGACAGCCUGCCUAUGCCCGCUCUUCUCCUGCCAGUGGGAAGGUCACCUGGAGGUGGUGGUGCCUCACCUGCGGCAGAUCCACAGGAUUGACAUCCUGCAAGGGGCAGAGAUCGUCUUCCUGGCCACAGACAUGCACCUCCCCGCGCCCGCCGACUGGAUCAUCAUGCACUCUUGCCUGGGCCACCACUUCCUGCUGGUGCUCAGGAAACAGGAACGGCACGAAGGGCACCCUCAGUUCUUUGCAACCAUGAUGCUGAUCGGGACCCCCACCCAGGCCGACUGCUUCACCUAUCGCCUGGAGCUCAACAGAAACCACAGGCGUCUCAAAUGGGAAGCCACCCCGAGAUCUGUCCUGGAGUGUGUGGACUCGGUCAUCACGGAUGGGGACUGCCUGGUUCUCAACACCUCGCUGGCCCAGCUCUUCUCUGACAAUGGCAGCCUCGCCAUCGGAAUCGCCAUCACCGCCACCGAGGUCGGUGCCACGGAUGCCGAGAUGUGA